AUGCUUAUCGAUUCAUCGUUGAACAGCGUGUCAACCGUGCUAGCGAAUGUAUAUCAAAGCUUCUAUGAAGCAGCGGUGAGGUGCCUUGAGUAUGCACGCGUGCUAUCCAGAGUGCGGAAGAUGGGUUCAGGGCUGCUUGUUAAGACUGUAAAAAACAUCAUCACGCUGGCAUACGUGAUGCUUCAGCGCCGUUCGCGCUCCUGCAGGAGCAGAGAGGCGAUUAUUGCGCAAAGCGUCAUCUCGCGCCGGCAGCUUCAGUGGUAA